AUGGGCUACCAGGCGCAGGGGCCCGUCAUCCUGCCUCAGAGCAAUCUGGAUGACAGAGAAACGCUCGUCUCUGAACAUAAGCACAAAGGGAAAACUUGUCGUCAGUCCACAGCUGUUUUUAAUGUUGUCAACUCGAUUAUAGGAUCUGGUAUAAUAGGAUUACCUUAUUCAAUGAAGCAAGCUGGCUUUCCUCUGGGAAUAUUGCUUUUAUUCUGGGUUUCAUAUGUUACAGACUUUUCCCUUGUUUUAUUGAUAAAAGGAGGGGCCCUCUCUGGAACAGACACUUACCAGUCUUUGGUCAAUAAAACCUUUGGCUUUCCGGGAUAUCUCCUCCUCUCUGUUCUUCAGUUUUUGUAUCCUUUUAUAGCUAUGAUAAGUUACAACAUAAUAACUGGAGAUACUUUGAGUAAAGUUUUCCAAAGAAUCCCAGGAGUUGACCCUGCAAACUUGUUUAUUGGUCGCCACUUCAUUAUUGUGCUUUCCACGGCUGCCUUUACUCUGCCUUUGUCCUUGUAUCGUGAUAUAGCCAAGCUUGGAAAGAUCUCUCUUCUUUCUACAGUUUUGACAACUCUGAUUCUUGGAAUUGUAAUGGCAAGGGUAGUCUCACUGAGUCCAUACAUACCAAAAACAGAAGAUGCCUGGGUAUUUGCAAAGCCCAACGCCAUUCAGGCUGUUGGUGUUAUGUCGUUUGCAUUUAUUUGCCACCAUAACUGCUUCUUAGUUUAUGGUUCUUUGGAAGAUCCCACAGUAGCUAAGUGGUCCCGCAUCAUCCACGUCUCCACCUUGGCUUCUGUAUUGAUCAGUAUUCUCUUUUCUACAUGUGGAUACUUGACAUUUACUGGCUACACCCAAGGAGACUUAUUCGAAAACUAUUGCAGAAACGAUGACCUGGUCACAUUUGGAAGGUUCUGUUAUGGAGUUACUGUCAUUUCAACGUACCCAAUUGAAUGCUUUGUGACUAGAGAGGUAGUUGCCAAUGUGUUUUUUGGUGGGAAUCUUUCAUUGGUCUUCCACAUUAUUGUAACAGUGGUUAUCAUUACCAUAGCCAUGUUUGUGUCAUUGCUGAUUGAUUGCCUUGGAAUAGUUUUAGAGCUCAAUGGUGUGCUCUGUGCAGCUCCACUAAUUUUUAUCAUUCCAUCAGCAUGCUAUCUGAAACUCUCUGAAGAACCGAGGACACACUCAGAUAAGAUUAUGGCCUGUGUCAUGCUUCCUGUCGGUGCUGUGGUGAUGGUUGUUGGGUUCGUCAUGGCCAUCACAAAUCCUCAAGAUUGCACCCACGGGCAGGAAAUGUUCUACUGCUUUCCUGACAAUUUCUCCCUCACAAACAUCUCAGGUUCUCAUUUUCAACUGACAACACAACCUUCCAUUUUAAAUAUCAGUAUCUUUCAAUGA